CGUCACGCUCCGCUUGCGUGCUGAUUCCGGGUCAGAGGUCGGGCGCAGCUUGGGUCAUGGUGCAGCUCAGGCCGCGCGCGUCCCGCGCCCCGGUGUCGGCGUCGGCGAUGGUGGACGAGGGCCAGCCCGCCUCGGAGGAGGAGGCGGAGCACGGCCUGUUGCUCGGGCAGCCGAGCAGCGGCGCGGCUGCCGAGCCGCUGGAGGAAGACGAGGAAGGGGACGAUGAGCUUGACGACGAGGCCCCGGAGGAGCUGACUUUCGCCAGCGCCCAGGCGGAAGCGAAAGAAGAGGAGCGGCGAGUUCGCGAGACCGUGCGCAGGGAUAAAACGCUUCUGAAGGAGAAGAGGAAGCGACGCGAGGAGUUGUUCAUCGAACAGAAGAAAAGAAAACUUCUUCCAGAUACUAUUCUAGAGAAGUUAACUACAGCUUCACAAACUAGUGUGAAGAAAUCACCGGCAAAGUUGAAAGAAGUUAAUUUGCAAAAGAAAAAUGAAGAAUGUGAGAAAGGAAGUGACUCUAAGAAAGCUAAAGAAAAAGUGCAAAAAGUACAGACUGUUGGCCAGAAUAAAAGCUACUUGGCUGUAAGGCUAAAAGACCAAGAUUUGAGAGAUUCAAGGCAAGAAGCAGCCAAAGCCUUCAUACAAAAUUGUUUAUAUGGUCCUGGAACCAACAGAACUACUGUAAACAAGUUCCUGUCUCUUGACAGCAAGAGGUUACCGGUGAAAAAGGCCGCAGCCCAGUUUUUGAAUAAUGCUUGGGGAUCCCAGAAAAAACAAAAUGCCAAGAGGUUUAAAAGACGUUGGAUGGUCAGAAAGAUGAAAACUUCUAAGAAGUAAAUCAAAGCUAAAUGAAGAAUGAGUACUUUGUAUGUAUAGAACUUAUAAAUAUUUAGUUUAGAGCAUUUAAUUUUUCUGAAAAAAUUAAUAAAAGACUUACUUAAAGGGUCAUUAUAAAAAUCUUAAGUCUAUUUGGGGUAGUACCCAGUCCCAUUUCAUCCAUGGAGUAUAAUUAAUUGUGCCUUAUAGUCUUUGAGCAUCCUGGAAGAAAAUGCAGUUUAAAAGGACUUGUUUUCCUUUCUUUUUAUAAUCGUUUACCCAUUUUAUUGAACACAAGCAGUGCCCACACCAGUAGGGCUCCUCUCCUCCCUCCCCUGCAGGGUGUGUGGCAGGAAAAGUCUUCCACUACAGCUCUCCAAUGCUUUAGUCUCUUGGAUAUUUUUGUGCUAUUGAUGCGACUGUCACAGAAUACGAGGAAGAGUGCAGUAUCUAAGUGUAGACAGAUAAUCUGUUCUUUUUUAAAAGGUUUAAGCCUCGGUGUACAACAUACAGCCAGCAAUCACCUUUGCCAAACCAAAGGAUAUGGUGGUUUGUUAUCCUGUUGAAGAGCUUGCUUUUAUGUUUUACUUGUAACCAGUUGGGAGUUUGCUUUAAGAAUGGCAAGUCACACUGCCAUAUUCUGAUUAUGAAAACAAGAUUCAUUUCCUGCUUUCUUUCUAUCAUCACCCAUAGUAUCAGGUUUGACCCUAAUCCACAGAGGCCAGUAACUCAAGGCAGUCUUAGGUUGCAGAACUCAAGAUUUAUAGUAGCAACCAUUCAUUUUAGUUGUUCUAAAACUUUAUAUUAAUCAUGAGAAGUAUGCAAGUGCCUAAUAUAUAAACUCAAUUGACACUCUAGUAUCUGUAGAAGUAAAUUUUUAAUGGCUGGUUAAUUAUAUCACUACAUUUUUAUUGC